AUGCACGAGGAUCUCGCGGUCAGCCGCGCGGUCCGCGAGUUCUGGAGGGGCUGCGAGGUGCGCGUCACGUACGUCGCGGGGCUUCUGACCGCCCCAGCUGUGCGCGACAAUACGGGCCGGAGCAGCACGGGGCAGGACCCUCGCGCGGCCGCGUCCCCGAUCUUCCGCGCCGAAGUCACGCUCAAGCGCAGCCCGCUGUACGUGCACCCUCUCGACAGCUGGGCGAUAGCUUGGACAUUUCAGGAUAACGAGAGGCUGCUCGUUUCCACGGACUACGUCAGCGGCGCCCGCAUGUUCGAUCCCCGCACCGGCACGUGGGUCUACGACGCCUCCGAGGACGCCCGCGCCACACGGGGACGGACUGCGCAGGCCCCCGCGAGCAACGUCACUGUCGAGCUGUACAGUCCGCUGCGCUCGCCGGCAGCGCCGCGAUCGAGCGCGUCGAGCCUGGCCAGCGCGGCGCCGGACGCGGCGUCUUCGAUGGUGCUGUUUCCUAUGCGCGGCGCUGGCCGGGCGCUCGGGCUCGGGUUCGCGCCGCCGGGUGCGAUGGUGUUCAACAACAGAGCGUGCACGCAGUCACAGGACCCCGAGGAGGACGAGGACUGCGUCAGACCCACGGGAGAGCUCCAACUCUCAUACUUUCCGGUCGAGCCGCUCCGGUCGCGCUUCGGAGCGCCAAGCCAAGGCGCGACGAGAACGUUGUUCGCGGUGACGCUCGCCAACGUCGGCACAACUCCGAUCCCGCUGUCCGACGUACGGCUGUGGUACUGGUUCGCCGGGAACGCCACGCACGCCCCCGACGCGGGCAUGUACCGCGGGGACUGCGUGGACUUGCGUCUCGGCACCAACGAAGAGGGCGGCAGCUGCCGCAACGACGACGGCUCGGACGCCGUGCUCAGCCGCAUCGGCAGCGGCGAUGGACCGAUCGAUCCGGGAGCGGCGUUCGUGCUCGAGGUCGCCUUCAACACGACAGACGCCGUCCUGGCGCCGCGUGACGCAGAGACCGGCGCGGACGGCGGGAGAGCGGUCCAGCAGGCGCUGCUGCUGCUAUCGCUGGAAGCCGUUACGACGGGCAGGGGGGGGGUGUUGCUCGACCAGUCGCGCGACUACUCGUUCUUGAACUCGACGGUGAUUGGCACGCGCGGCGGGAUCGUGACGCGGAAGCUCGAGGACAAUCCGCGGCUCCCGGCGUACGUCGUAGCGCGCGUGGGCAGAGAGGAGACGCUCCGCCUCGCCUGGGGCCUGCCGCCGGGGACGAGUGCGUGCGCGCAGCGCGACGUCCCGCCGGGCUACGUGUGCGGGGACCCGAGCGCGCCGGAGUCGUGCACGCUCGUCGCGACGUACUGCUGCGGGCCCUCUGACGACGACGGCACUGUCCUGGCCCUGCGCGUGCCGUCUGACUGGCAGGCGCGCGUGCGCGCAGCCAGGAAGAAGCAGAGCGGGAUCACCGUCCCCCCUCCGCUGCCGUCUCCGCGCAAGGCGCAGGACAGCGGCAGGCCCCCGACGCCCGCUGGGAAGGAGAGCAGUCGAGGCCGCCGGAGGUUUGUGUUUGAUUGGGACGCCCCAGAUCCAGAAACACCUUCGAACCAAGAGUCCGAGUUCGCGCUGGACUCCGACUUCGGGAGGCGGUCGGACUCGUGGGUGCCGCCGUGGAUCGUCGCGCCGGUCGACCGCGCGGCCACGCCGAUGCGCCCAUCGCUCGCCGUCCCGCGGAUCAGCGUGCCCCCGGGAGCGCUGUCGAGCCACGGCGACGUCACCUCCACCAUGAUGGACGAGCUGCUCGCUGCCGCGGGCGGCCUCGGCGGGCUCGACGGCGCAGUGUCGCGCGCCGAGCCUGCUCCGGGCGCCGCCAGCCAGUCGAGACCUGACGACGCCGCACACACCAAGGACCUCCCGUCUGAUCCCACACAGCUGGUCCAGUGGCAGCUCGACGCGAGCCUGCGCGCUACCGACGGGUCCGAGGACGGCGAGCGCGGGGAGGGGCCGCAGCUGCACGAACUGGAGUUCCUGCGUCGGGUGGGGGAGGGGUCUUUUGGAGUGGUGUUGGAGGCGAUGUGGAAGGCGGGGGAGGGGGUGCAGCGCCGCGUGGCGGUCAAGCUGCUGCGUGCCGUGGCGGCGGUGUGCAGCGACGCCGCGGGGCACGCGGCGGGUGCCGUGAAUCUGGAGAACGAGGUGAGGCUGCUGCGGGCGGUGAGCGAGGAGAGCCAAGGGGCGCGCGUCGUGCAGUACCUAGGGGGCAGCAGCCGGCCGGUGCCGUUUCUCGUCACGGAGUUCCUCCCGCGCGGGUCACUUCACGGGUUGCUGCGGUCUCGCGCGUCGGCGGCGGCCAAGUGCGGCGCUGGGAGGAGAGCCGGGGGGCUGUCCGACGGCCAGUGCAUGACGAUCGCGUUCGACGUUGCGGACACGCUCGCGGCGGUCCACAUGGCGCACCGCGACUUGAAGCCGCAGAACCUUUUGGUUGCGGAGGACGGGCGGGUGAAGCUCGCGGACUUCGGCCUGUCGCGGCAGUGGGGCGCGGACGCUCUGCUGAGCUCGGUCGCAGCGAGCCACAACGACGGCACGCCGGCCUACAUGGCCCCAGAGACCCUCCAGUCGCUCCGUGUGCACCCCAAAGGGGACGUGUACAGCCUCGGUAUGCUGCUCUGGGAGUGUUUCUGCGGAGAGCCGCCCUGGAGCGGCCUCGACCCCUACCAGGUUAUGUACCAGGUGGUCAUUGCGGGGGCCCGGCCAAAACUCCCCCCGGACACCCCCCCGGCGCUCUCAGCGCUGAUCCGCAAGUGCUGGCGCGCGGAUCCGGACCACCGGCCCUCGAUGCCGGACGUGGCGUCCUUUGCGGCGCGCAUCCUCUUCGAGCAGUCGGGGGCGUCGCCGUGCGCGAGCAGCCGACGUGGCGAAGUGCCCGCCGUGCCCCUCCCGUGGCCGCCAGAGGAGGGCUUCGCGGACAGCGACGUGUGA